UCAGCCUCUGAAUGUUAAUUACUUUCCGAAGCGGUUUACAGUGGUGUCAAACUGAAGCCGUUUGUUCUGCUUCCCGAAGUCAGUUCACUUCGAGGUGAAAGUAAGACAUGGCAACCAGUGCUGUGCCCAGUGACAAUCUCCCCACGUACAAGCUGGUGGUGGUGGGCGACGGAGGUGUGGGGAAAAGUGCCCUGACCAUCCAGUUCUUCCAGAAGAUCUUUGUGCCGGAUUACGACCCGACCAUUGAAGACUCUUACUUGAAGCACACGGAAAUCGAUGGACAGUGGGCCAUUUUGGAUGUGCUGGACACGGCGGGUCAGGAGGAGUUCAGUGCUAUGAGGGAGCAGUACAUGAGGACUGGCGAUGGCUUCCUCAUCGUCUUUUCGGUCACAGACAAAGCCAGCUUCGAGCACGUCGACAGGUUUCACCAGUUGAUCCUCCGAGUCAAAGACAGGGAGUCUUUUCCGAUGAUCUUGGUGGCCAACAAGGUUGACCUGGUCCAUCUGCGGAAGGUCACCAGCGAACAGGGAAGAGAGAUGGCGGCGAAGUACAAUAUACCUUACAUAGAAACGAGUGCCAAGGAUCCACCGCUGAAUGUUGACAAAGCUUUCCACGACCUUGUCCGUGUCAUAAGGCAACAGAUACCAGAGAAAAGCCAGAAAAAGAAGAAGAAAGCCAAAUGGCGCGGGGACAGGACAGCUGGCUCAAACAAACUGCAGUGUUCAGUGAUGUGAUCCACCUCCUAACGCCUGAUCGAAAGCCGCUAACGUCAAUAGGAGCGAUGGAGCCAAUGCUAACUUGCGUACCGCUGCGGAAGGCUACACAGGGAGCCUUCAAGACUGCGUGCGGGUGGCUAACUGUGGCAGUCAGUGUUGUGUGCGGAGGUCACUUUAACCCCCAACUCGCUCCACCGUGGAGUACGAUUGCACUCUUGGCGAUGAAGGACAGUGUGUGAUGCUCAAGAGGUCCGGCUGACCUUUUUGUUGCCUUUGGGCUCAGAUUGGCCGAGAAGAGUCUGUUCUUGGCCUUUUUCUUUCUUGUUCUUUCUUUUCUUUUCCUUCCUUUCUUUUC